CCUUGUAGCGCAGCACCGCCCUCUUCUUCCUGGAGCCUCUAUUUAUUGGAUGAGUCUGGUUCCACGGCCGAAGAACUUCCGUCGCUUGGAGAUGACAUAAAAGGAAGUUCCGCUCGGUGACCCGAGACGUCUAUCUUCCCGCCCACGCCGUUCAAUGCAUCCAAUCAGAAAAGGAAGCUGAGAGAGGCCAGCCUUUCAGGGCGUCUUUCCAGCCAUGUCCAAUUAUAAUUCAGCUCCAGGCGCAGGUUCUGGAGCGACAGAGGCGCGGACCAAUCGGAAGACCGCGGGGAUCGAAGGGCGGUUUCGGCGUCCGGCCGGUCUUUUGACUGAACUGCAGUAACGGCGGCGGUAGCGGCCGCUGCUUAAGGGGAGGGAAGAUGGCCGUGCUAGCGCCGCUGCUGGCACUGCUGUACUCGAUUCCGCGACUUUCGCGAUGGCUGGCCCGGCCCUACUGCCUCCUUUCGGCGCUUCUGUCGGCCGCCUUCUUGCUCGUGAGGAAGCUGCCACCGCUGUGCCUUGGUCUCCCCACGCAGCGCGAGGACGGCAAUUCCUGCGACUUUGACUGGAGGGAGGUAGAGAUCUUAAUGUUCCUCAGUGCCAUUGUAAUGAUGAAGAACCGGAGAUCAAUCACUGUGGAGCAGCAUGUAGGUAACAUCUUCAUGUUCAGUAAAGUGGCCAACACGAUCCUCUUUUUCCGCCUGGACAUCCGCAUGGGUCUCCUCUACAUUACACUCUGCAUAGUGUUCCUGAUGACUUGCAAACCCCCUCUCUACAUGGGCCCGGAAUACAUCAAGUACUUUAAUGACAAGACAAUUGAUGAAGAACUGGAACGGGACAAGCGGAUCACAUGGAUUGUCGAGUUUUUUGCCAAUUGGUCUAAUGAGUGCCAGUCAUUUGCUCCCAUCUAUGCUGACCUCUCCCUCAAGUACAAUUGUACAGGGCUGAAUUUUGGGAAAGUGGAUGUUGGACGCUACCCUGAUGUCAGUACACGAUAUAAAGUGAGCACGUCCCCUCUCACCAAGCAGCUUCCCACCCUGAUCCUAUUUCAGGGGGGCAAAGAGGUCAUGAGAAGACCCCAGAUUGACAAGAAAGGUCGAGCUGUCUCUUGGACAUUUUCUGAGGAGAAUGUGAUCCGGGAGUUCAGCCUGAAUGAGCUGUACCAACGAGCCAAGAAGCAGAACAAGUCCCGGGAUGUGAUCCCCGAGGAGCAACCUGAGUCUGCAGCCCCUCACACACAGCCUGAUGAGGAAACCAAGAAGGACAAAUAGGAACUCUGCUCUGCCCUGCCAGAUAUCCCUAUUCCUCUAGCUUUUUCUUGGUUGCCUUUUCAGGCCUGCCCUCACUACGACUGAGGGACUUCAUAGGCUGCUGCCUUUUAGUGUUUAUAUUUAUUCCUAAUUUGGAAUAGACCUGGAUCCAGGCCCAAGGCUGUUAGGGGAGGAAUUAACAAUGGCAUACAAAAGUAUGUACUUUGUGGCCAAACACUUCCCUCCACUUUGGUCAGCCAUUUCACCAAAGGGGGGGGGGGCGGGGAGAGGAAUCAAUUCCUUAUCUCAGAGAGAGGAAGUUCCUUUCUGAAUGUGAACAUUUUUCUACUGAUGGGGGGCCAGGAAGAACAGAGGAUGGGUUAAUCCAGAAGUCACAUGUCUUCACCAUUCUGUGGUUUCAGUGCUUCUUCCAGAGGCAAAUAGUGAGCCCUUCAGUUCAAACAGGAUUCAAGUCAGAAGCACCACUAACAGACCUUCAGCAGCAUUGACCUCACUUCCCUUAGGGCUUUCUGGCCUUCCUUAUUGCUCUUUAGCAUUUGGUAAAGAGUUUUGGUUUAACUUUGAUUUAGGUACUAGUAAGAAUUAAAAUCCAUUGACAACAGGUCUUCCUCCUACCCCAGAGAGGGGAAAGAUGGGGUGCAAGUAGCUUUUAGAAAUGUUCAUUAAUUUCAACACUCCUUUGAGCCAAGGAGAACCAAGAGCAUGUAGUCUCUGUAUAUUGGGGACUGAAGGAGAAGGGCUCAGGGUUCCUUUGACACUUUUUAAUGAUAUCUUUAGUUUUUAUAUCCCCUUCAUUUCUUUUUUUCCCCCUAAAUCAAUAUGUACUUCCUUACUCCGUCCCCAAUAAUGAACCAAAUAAAAAGGACAAGCCUAAAAAUAAAGACUUAAGAAUAUAGUGGCUCAGUCAAAGCUAAUCAAA